AUGCUCACCCCGACCCAGAUUGAAAAAGCCCUCACGGCUAUCGACACCAACAAAGAACUCGAAUGCCCCGAACUAGCAGACACUCUGAAGGGCGCGAGAUGGAUUCACCAGUCCAUCGACCCAUUUAUGAACGUAAAGAGCGUCAUCCAAGAGGGUCUCGAGUUUCUGGCCAACCAUAUAACGGAUGGUAUGACCCGACAACAAAUAUUGGAUUUACAACCCAAGCUCUGGUCCUUCUAUGAGAUGCAGGACUUGAUGCCCGACCUUAUGGAUAUCAUCAAGAAGUGCGAGGACAAUUCUGCCUUGAUUGGCAAAGUCAUUGAUUUGGUAUCGAGUGCUGCAGCUCAUUCGCGAUCCGACGAUCUCUUCAAGGCACAUAAGUUGAUCCCGGAGUUGAUCCCAUUUGAUCUGAGGGUCCCACUUGACCUACAGGCCUACAAACUGGCCUGUGCCAGGGUGAACCGGGGCUAUAAACACCCUGCAUACGCCGCUCUUUUAAUCCCGCGUGUCAAGUUCGCCGAGCUCGCCGACCUCAAUGCGCGUGAAAUUCUCGUGCGAUGUGAAUCACUCGAAGCCGAUACCAAAAAUGGAGACACGCUGGAUUGGCCAGCUUGCUUGUAUGACCCUGACAUCCCAUUUGACAUAGACGACGAGGUCCAAGGUCUGUUUCGACCACCCUUGGGUCCCCAAUUUGUCCAACGUAUGCUUGUAGGCGAGGCCAACAGGCUUGGAGGACGUGCCAGCAAAGGACAGAUUCACAAAGUAUAUGAACUAACGAUAAGACUCAUAUGUUAUUAUUGCAUGAUGCUUGUCAUUGCAAUCAGCGGUAAGACUUGGCCUGAGGCGAAGAGCAUUUUGAAGGCCGACCGCCUCUACGCAUCUAUUCUGACGCUUCUGUCGGGUCUUUCUGAUGACGAUACGUGGGCCAAGGAGACUGUGGCUUGGUGGCAAGAGAACAUUAUCUUGCCAUCUGAGCCCGUGGAUCAUGACAAGAAGUCGUCCCCUUUGGAAGGUAGUGCACGCGACGGACGCCUCAGAGACCCGGUAGAACGGCGUAAAGCUCAAAUGGCCGCUGCGGCUCAAGCACCUGCACCUGCUCGUGCACCUGCUCGUGCACCUGCACCCGCACCCCCUCGUGCACCCACACCCGAACCUGCUCGUGUACCCACACCCGCACCUGCAUCUCCUCAAGCACGCGCACCCUCCUCCCACCCCGCCCCAGAUAAUGGGUCUGCACCAGCGCUAGCUAAAGCAUUUGCAGCUGUUUCACUGGCGGAACCUGUGCCUCAACAAGUCUCCCGUCGCCGAAUGGCAUUAAACGCGAUUAGGAUCCCUUCAGAAUCCCCCCCUGACCUCCCUUCCGAGGAUUCUUCCUCUCUUUCUUCCGAAAACGAACGCUCCCCUUCCCCACCAGCCCCGAUCAAGAUCAAGCUCCCUGCAAAGAGGAAAGCGGCGCCACGCCGCCCUGGUCCAAAGCGUAAAGACGCACCACCUUCAGACCCCUUCGAGACCGGGGAUGAGGCCCUGCCUACUCCCAACGCUGAUGCCGUUCCUGCUCCCAAUUCUGACGCCACCGCCGCCGACGGUGAAGAACCACCAGCUAAAAAGGCCAGGACCCAGGCCAAGGGAACGCGCCAACCUAUCAAACGUAAGGCUAAGAAAUUCUGA